CGCACAUCCGACUCCCCUGCUGCUUUACUCUCCGCGCCGCUGGGCACGAGAACUCUGGGAUCUCAGCCUCACAUGCGGUAUCUAAUUCGUGGCUGCGUGGCCCUCGUACGACAGGGUGCUGCUGCAUGAUGACUUACGGAAGGCGUCUGACAGCGUCUGACACAGUCGGCGAGGAUGGGGCUGGCAGAGCGCUCACAGCGCUCACAGCUUGGUCGCAGCUCUCAUACCGCUCGCUACGAUGGCUUUCGACCUCGGCACACCCGUGAACACCGCUCUGCUGCUGUACAUCCUCUAUGCUGUGCAGCGCAUCCUCUUGCCAUCCAACUCCCAGUCGAAGAGCGUCCCGCAUGAGUUCAAAGGCGGCUACUCGUGGAUGCCCAAGGCGCACCCUCCCACACUCCUGUUCAAGACGUACACGCCCAAGACGCUCGAGCCGUUCAACGGAGAGGACGGGAAGCGCAUCCUGCUGGCGAUCAAUGGCAUUGUGUACGACGUGACGGCAGGACGCAACUUCUAUGGCCCUCAGGGCAUGUACGCCAACUUUGCUGGUCGCGACGCCUCUCGCGGCAUGGCGAAGCAAUCCUUUGAUCUUGAGAUGUUGACCCCACUCGACCAGCCGCUUGACAAGCUGGAUGAUCUCACGCCCGACGAGAUCGAGAACAUGCGAGGCUGGAUGGACCACUUUUCCAACAAAUACAUCGUUUGUGGCAAGCUCGUUGAGAAUGGUGCGGUCUAGGCCCUGUCUUCCCUUUGUAAAAUACAGUCGUUGCUUGUGGAUGGUAUGUAAGAUCAUCAGGUGUACCCUAACGCCGCAGUGUAAUCUGUUUGCAUGGCGUGUUUCCGUUGGCCCUCGAUGGUUCUGGGGCAUAGCGAGUCGCUGGGCUCACUACGAAACUUUCGUGGUACCGGACGUGUGCGUUGACACUUUCACGUAUAGCACAGGAACAGAAAGAAAGAGGAAA